AUGCUUAUAAACUUGAUCAAAAAGGCAAGAGAAAAAAAUAGUUAUUUUCAAAAGAAAAAACAUCGCUCACCCCGGUCACCACGGUCACCAAGAUCACCACAUUCACCACGGUUAAGUGCCACGUCGAACAGUUUUCAUGAUAGUAACCCCCAAUGAACCAGCACUUGAACAACUGCUCAACAACUGCGGUCAAACCAAACCUGAAAAAUGGUCCUCAUUGCAAAAAGGAUCUUUCGAUUACGCAAACGUGGCUAAAGUUGGAGAAGGUUGCUUCGCUGAAGCAUUCUCAACAACGUUCAAAAAUGUAUCGGUCGUCGUGAAAGUGCUCCCGUUAAGAGAUGGACCAAUUGGAAAGGAUUGCGAUGAAUACGUUCAACGAACAGAAGCAGUGCUGGCAGAAUUGAUUGUCUUAAAAUUGCUGUCUGCGUUGAGUACUAAAAACCGCCCUAACGUCACGGAAAACUUUGUGAAAUUGGUUAUGACAAAGGUUGUUGUUGGAAAGUACCCAACAUCAUUAUUGAAAGCUUGGGACAAGUUUCGAGUGGAAGAACAAUCUGGGAACAUCCGUCCGUCAAAAUUCAAGAAAAAUCAAUUAUACCUGCUUUUGAUUAUGUCAAACGGUGGAACUCCUCUCGAAAAGUUCGAAAUGGACAAUAUUGGUCAAUUCUGCUCAAUUAUUCAACAACUUCUCUUCUCUCUAGCAAUUGCCGAAAAGGAAAUGCAGUUUGAACAUCGUGACCUCCACCUCGGCAAUGUUCUUAUAAAAAAACAGGUGUGGGAGAGUUGAAUUUCGAAGCCGGAUAGAUACAGGCACUCAAAUCAUUUACGAGGACAUGGAGAAAGACGGAGCAAUGUUUGAAGGGUUCGGCGACUCGCAAUUCGAUGUCUAUCGAGAGAUGAGAAGCAACUGCAAGAGAAAUUGGCAAUUGUUUUCAAGUAAAUCGAACAUCAUGUGGAUCAAGUUUAUCGCCACCACCAUCAUCAGGAAAAACGUUUCCCCGUCUGCAGAAUUC